AGUGCGAAAAAUUCAGCGAAAGCUAGUCCAGACUGAGCUUCCUGACCCGAGCGCGUUUUGUAGAGGAAGUUAUCUCCAAGCACCCCGACGUGCACGGAGAGGUGGGGUUUUUUUUCUGCACAACCGCACCGAAUCUGCACGACUCGGGGGACGAAGUUUGGUUUGACUGAGGACCGUCUCAGUUUGUAGUUUUUAUCAGGGAGCAGCACCACACCACGUCGUGCCACACGGAGAGGAGAGGAGAGAGGGCAGAAGUUUCCGCUGGCUUGUUUUGUCGCUGCGCGGCUGGUAAAUCCGCAGGAAUGUCGCAGAAGGAGAGACCCACUUUCUACCGACAGGAGCUCAACAAAACCGUUUGGGAGGUCCCGGAGCGGUACCAGCACUUAUCUCCCGUCGGCUCCGGUGCUUACGGAUCCGUAUGUUCGGUGUUUGACGUGAAGACGCACAUGAAGAUAGCAGUGAAGAAGUUGUCCAGACCCUUCCAGUCCAUCAUCCACGCAAAGAGAACCUACAGAGAGCUGCGGCUGCUCAAACACAUGAAACAUGAGAAUGUGAUUGGUCUAUUAGAUGUUUUCACACCAGCGACAAGCUUAGAGGAGUUCAACGACGUGUACUUGGUAACCCAUUUAAUGGGAGCAGACCUCAACAACAUUGUCAAGUGUCAAAAGCUGACUGAUGACCAUGUCCAGUUCCUCAUCUACCAGAUUCUAAGAGGCUUAAAGUACAUUCAUUCUGCAGAUAUCAUCCACAGAGACUUAAAGCCCAGUAAUCUGGCUGUAAAUGAAGACUGCGAGCUCAAGAUCCUGGACUUUGGUUUGGCACGGCACACAGAUGAUGAGAUGACGGGCUACGUAGCCACCCGGUGGUACAGAGCCCCGGAGAUCAUGCUCAACUGGAUGCACUAUAACAUGACAGUUGAUAUCUGGUCAGUGGGCUGCAUCAUGGCUGAACUACUCACUGGACAGACGCUCUUCCCUGGCACGGACCAUAUAAACCAACUGCAGCAGAUAAUGCGCCUGACGGGGACGCCCCCAGCCUCCCUCAUAAGCAGGAUGCCCAGCCACGAGGCGAGGAACUACAUUAACUCACUUCCCCACAUGCCCAAGAGGAACUUUGCUGAUGUGUUUAUUGGUGCCAACCCACUUGCGGUGGACUUGCUGGAGAAAAUGCUGGUGCUGGACACAGAUAAACGGAUCACGGCAUCUGAGGCUCUGGCCCACCCGUACUUUGCUCAGUACCAUGAUCCAGACGACGAGCCUGAAGCGGAGCCUUACGACCAGAGCUUUGAAAGCCGCGAGCUGGAAAUUGAGGAAUGGAAGAGGUUAACCUAUGAGGAGGUACUCAGUUUCGAGCCGCCAUCGUUUGAUGGAGACGAUAUGGAAUCCUGAGAAGGAGGAGGCACCUUUUCUUCCAUCUUUUUGUUUUCCAAGAAACACUCUUUAAGGACUAUCAGUCUCUUGUGACUAUCCACCACUAUCUUCACACACACACACACACACACACACACACACACAACCAUGACAUUCAAGUGCCUGCCGUCAUUCAUCUCCGGGGAGACGUUGUUUUAUCAGGGAUAAAACUUGACCUCCUUUUCCUUUCUGUCCCCCUCGUUGCUGUUUUUGUUACUCUGCAUCCCAAGGCUCGAGGCAGACUUUCACUUCUCUUUUUUUAGUGAGUUUUUACCUCAGACAUUUAUUGUUUAUAUUGAUCCCCUCUUUGAUUAAGAGAACUAGAAACUCCAUGUCAGUAUCUUGGAGAAAUUGAGCUUCUAAUGUGUAUUUUAUAAAAAUGUACCACUUAGCAGUAAUUAAUAUUAUAGGGAAAAAGUUUGAUUGAAACUGCAGUGUAUCUAAAGUUUAUCUUUCCUCCACACAUUAAAAUCAAAUGUUAUUUCUAUCAUCACAUAGAACUGUAAAUAUAUACAAACAGUAUUUGUACAUAAGUACUUCAGUUUCCAGUUACCGUAUUUGUGUAAUAGUCAGAAUUGCUGAAUCACACCUCAGCUGACCCCUUUGACAGUAUGAAUUUUAUUACUAGAGUUUAGCCUAAAAUGGCAUAUAAAAGAUACAGUAUGUAAUUUAAUACAAGUAUGUAUAGGAUAGGCUAAAAUAUAAAAUAAUUACCUCUGUGGCAAAUUCAAGGCUUCGUAUUUCUUAUUGUUGGAUUUAAAGGCUUACAGUGUCUAUUUUGUAAAGGGAUAGUUUGGAUUUAUUAAAAUAGGGGCGUAUGAGUACUUACCCAUAGUUGGCGUGUUACUUUCAGUAGAUGGCGGUCAUUAUGUAUGAGUUUUGAGAAGCAGGCAUGAAAGCAAAGGAAUAUACUGCUGGGGACAGGGGAAGAAGCUAAAUGUAUUUUAACCACCUAAAAAAGGCCCACUGGAAAAAUCUGUUUAAGUGUACACUAUAUUUAGAAUAUUUUCAAUGCUUUACCUUGCUGCCAGACAGCCCUUUCAAAUGGGAACUGAAGUGGUUAUAGGCUCACUUCAAAACCACCGGACUCCAUUGACAGAAACAUCAUUUUACCUCACAGAACACAAAGUUGCUGGUCUACCGCUGCCUCGAUUGUUUAAUUUGUUCGUUAUUCUGUGACAUUGGUGUUUAAAAGGGUUAAGUCUGAUUCACUAAAGUGAACAGUAACACAAACUAACCAAUCGAGGCAGUGGUAGACCAGCAACUUUGUGUUCUGUGUGGUAAAAUGACUUUUUCUCAAUGGAGUCUGGUGGCUUUGGAGAGAGCAAAGAUAAAGGCUUCGCUUCGUCUCACAUAAACUUAAACAGGGCUGUCUGAUUGCAAGGCAACGUGUUGAAAAUAUUCCAAAACUAGGGUACAUUUAAACUGAUACUGAGUUUUUUCAGUAAGCCUUUUUAGGUGGCCAUAAUGUGUUUUCUGUGCUUCCCCCAACCACAGCAGGAUAUUACUUGGCUUCGGUGCUCGUACUCCCACUUCAAAAAAUCUAACUAUUCCUUUAACCAAAAUAUGAGUUUGGAGAGUAUGCAGACUUGGCUUAUGUAUCCAUUUCACCUGCUUAACAUUAAUUUUUACUCUUUUCUCCAGAUCAGUUUUUUAAGCACGUCUGUUCUGUUGUUUCAGAAGAAUGUUACAAUCCCACAACAUACACUCUCGCAUGAUAAAGCCAGAUUUGGCUUGAUAGUUUAUUGAAAUGUGAUGUUUCCCACCACAACACCAACUGACAAUGUACUUUAAUCAUAUUGCAUUUAUACAACACAGUACUAUUAAUGUUUAUUGAAUGUUGGGGGCACCAGGCUGCCCUGUAUUUAUGAUCUUUUGUUAUGUUGUUUGUAUGUCGGUGUAAAAGAGAAUAUUAUUUGUCAGAAUUUAUGGUUCUUUUUAUUAUUUAUGGAAAGCUUACUGUAUCAGAAACCAAACGUGUUGUCAAUAAUCUCAAACGUCAGUUAAGCCAUGGUGACUGCAGUUACAGCUUGUGUAUCAGAGCCAACAAUAUUACUAAAAUGUUGCAGACAACCAGUUUUAAUCAGUUUGAGGAAAUCCGCUCAUGACAGAUUUGUUUCCGUUAAUUUUUUCUUUAGUUUAAAGUUUUAGUUUUAGCAUUUCUUGAACAUUUAUUUAUCUUAAAGUGAUCCCUGAGGUACUGCCCUCCAAAAGUAUCCUAUUUUAAAAUUGAUUUAAAAAGCAAAAUAUAUAUUACAAGUACGUCAGCAUUUUGCAUUGACAUACAAACCACUAAACAGUAGACUCCUAGUUCUGAAGUGUACUACAAACAUUUAUUGACAAAUGUUUUUUUUUCUAUGUGAACUAUUUUAGGGGUCAGAAAACAUUGUGACAUACAAGCUAUAUCCACAGUUUCUCUGGCUAAUGUCAACCAAACACCAGUGUCUUCACAAUUUCAUUUGCAACAGCUUGUUUUCAUGUAGUGCUUUUUCUAAUGUAUUAUUUUAUUCUUUGUGUGUUAAAUCAAGAUUUGAUGUUAUUCUGUGAUUCUUGUAAUAAUGAUUGUUUUUUGAGUAAUGCUAGAACUAUAUUUGUCAUUCAUUUGAAUAAUUUUAGCAGGGCACAUGUUUGUGGGAAAGAGUGUAUGUUUACUCACUGGAUGCUGAAGGGCAAUGCUGAAACCUCACUCU